UUUUCUUUUUCUUUUCUUUUUCCUCUCUUUUCCUUUUCUCUGCUUGUCCCUCCUAACCCACAACCAAGGCAUCACAAACAAAACCAAACAAAACCCAACCCUACACCAUGGCAAGCCAACAACCAAAUUUCGAAGAGUUCCUGUGGAUGAUGGACGAGCAGGGCUUUGAACAGGACUUUCUUCGGCAGCUCGACUCUGAGGACGCCCAGCAAGACCCCACGCACGACUCUGCUGCUGCUGCUGCUGCUGCUGCUCCAAGCAUGUCAAGCAAGCAAGCGCCCGCCCCUUCGAACGCGGCUGGACCCGCCCCGAAGACGCAACAAAGCAGCGCUGCCGCAGCGACCUCGAAUUCGAGCGCCUCGAAGGCUCAGCUGGCCAGGACGCUCUCCACGGCCGCUCCCGACGACGACGAGCAACGCCUGAUUGAGCAAUGCUUUGCAGAGUUGCAUGCAGAGGAAGAGGUGGCGUUCUACGGCGACGAUGCGUCGCUCUACCCCUCAGAUUCUGCCUGGUACCAACCGCCCAACCCGGACUGGAACAACAACCAGUGGUCCAACCAACAACAGGGACAAAUGUACGGAAUGCCGCCGCAGCAGUACAUGCAGGAGCAGCAGUACGCCCAGUACGCCCAGUACGCCCAGUAUGCCCAGUACGCACAGUACGCACAGCAGUUCCCGCAGUACGGCCAGUAUCCGCAGUUUGCGCCGCAAGAUUACGGCCCAGCGCCCGUGUACACUCAAGCUCCCGGCCAGGUCGCAGCCAAUGAUAAUUCUGAUGGCAAUGACGACGACUACUACAGCUAUCGCAGCAGCGACCCUGCUCCUCAGCAAGCGCAGCAACGUCCGAAGCAUCACUCUGCUCCCGCUCCCGCUCACCGCGCCGCUCCACAGCAGCAUUCCGCCCCGGCACCAGCUGCAGUCCCAGCCCCAGCACCAGUCGUCGCGACUCCUGUUCAGCCAGCACAUGUGGUGAAUUCCGCGGACGACGACGACGAUUACUACAGCUACAAGACAUCGACUCCUGCCGUCUCGACUGCUGCUGCUCCCCAGUCUCAAAAGUCCACCAAAGGGCUAAACCCUUCAGCAAAAGCGUUCGUUUUGUGAAAGGUGUGACCAGAUGGGUAGAUUGUGAAAUUUAGGAAAGCUCCCCUCAUCCACAAUUAAAAAAAAAUGUGUUUUUCAAUCGUGCAGCAAUUGAUCACAUGCCACGACGGAAGUAGCAUUUAAA